AGGGAGGGAAGGAGGGAGGAAGGGAAGGAAGGAGGGAGGAAGGGAAAGAAAGAAAGAAAUUAAACCUUUCCUGCCCUCAAGAUAUAAAAUGAGAGGAUUAGGCUUAAGUGACCCUUAAGGUAUCUGCCAGUAUAUUAUCCUAUAAAGUUUGAGGCUUAUGAACACACAGUCACUAAUCCAGCUUCUUCAUACCUAUAGUGUGAUUAAUAAAUGUAUACAUUUUAGAUGAUACAUUAAACGUUAUCGAAUGGUACUCCUUAAAAUAUUAUUUCUCAACAGAGUAGGGAGGACUUUGUGAACAUAGAAUGUUGAAUCCACUUAGGCUCUCAAAAUUUGAAAUGUCAGACCUGGAAGAGUCUGCUGAACAAAUCGUCAAAGUUGGAAGGGGCUGUAAAAUAACAGAAUGGCAGACCUAACAGGAACUUGAAGAGCACAGACUGUCAGAGCCAGAAGGGGCUUUAGAACACAGAGUGUCAGAGCCUGGAGGACCCUUAGACUACAGAAUAUCACAACGGGGAAGACCUUGGGAAGUCAUUCAAUUCAACCCCUUCAUUGUAUAGAGUACAGUUAUCUCAAGCAUUUAUUAAAUGCAUUUUCCAGGGUUCAGGGAUCACUCCAGUGACCACUUUUGGAUGAAAUCUAGCCCUCCCUCGCAGUUGUUGAUGCCCUCCCCCUUCACUUAUCCUGUAUUUCUCCUCAGUAGAAUGUAAGCUCCUUAAUGACAAGGAUCUCUUUGGAUUUCGUCUUUAUAUCUUCAGAAUCUGUACAAAGUGGUCAUUUAAUAAAUAUUUGUUGAAAUGAGUGACUUCUUCUUCUUUUCCAGCUUCACUUGCUUUCAAGUUGGGGGGAAGAGGAAGAAACUCAUUUUUCUCCUUCCCUUCUCCCUUUCCUGGGAUGAUCCCGGACCCAAGGAAUUUCCCUGAUUCCGGUAGAGGGUGCUGUGUUCGUCCCAGUUUGCUGGUGGUCACCGCUGGAUGCUGCUGGCAGAGGGAUUCACGGAAAUCUCGAUUUGAGUCGUGGCUCUGCCUUUGAUUCAGUGUGACCUCCGGAAUACCACUUUUUUCCCUUUAGAUCUCAGUUUCCUUCUCUGUAAAAUGAAGGAGUUUUUUCUCCCAGAUCGCUCCCAGCUUUAGGAAUCCAGAGGCAGGGUAUUCUCCCCCAAGCUCUGGCCGCGGUUCCUAAACCGAAGCGCUCCUAACCCUCGAACCUGUCGGUCUCCUUCUAUAUUCCCCCCACCCCCACCCCAGCUUUCGCCUCCUCUGGGACCCCCGGCCGCCUCCAUCUUCCGGCUCUUUCACAAGACACGGCUGCAGGGCAAGGUGCCCACGAGUCUUCACGUCAGCACCGCUGACCGGCCGGGACUAACGCGCCCACAGUGCUCCGAUCCCGAUCCACGAGGCUGGGAGGAAAAGAGGGGGAAGCUUCAGGGUCUGAGCCGGGGAAAUGGGGAAAAUCUCCAACUGCUGCACCGUGCAGCCGCUUGGCUGGUGGCUGACCGCACUCCGGUCUCCGGCUCCCCGGCUGCAUUUAGCUCCCUGCGAACUGAGGAGAAGGAAGGGCUCGAAAGCAAAUCUCUCUUCUCCACACCCCCAUUCCCACCUGCGCGACCAGUCGGUUUUAAGACUAACUCUGGCUCUGGGUUGUGGCAGGGGGCAGGUGCCCCAAAAGCGCACUCACCAGUCUGCUUGCUCUCCCUCGCUUCCUCUCUCCCUCCCAUCCUCCACACCCGGCUGGCUGGGGGUGCGCUCCAGGCGGGGCCCAGCUAGGACCCAGCCCGGGGGGCCGGGGCCGGGAGCAGCCACGUCAAGCGGAGGGAAGCAAGCCUGGGUCGAGAACCUUUCCGGGGAACGGGCUGGAUGCAACGGGCGUGUAUUCCAGGGGAAGGCGUGGGCAGGCAGCCUUUGCGCCAAGCCUCCCCCGCCCCCCCAACACACACACCCCGGAAUGGGAGUAACUGGGCAAUUUGAGGGGAAGAACCCAGAUGGAUCUGUGUCACCAUCGCCCCUCGGGGUCAUGGCUCCCUGGACCUAUGGACAGAGCUGGAGGGGGUGUUAUUAAAUGGGCUGCAGGAACCCAACUUAAGGCAAGGAGCGGCUGGGAAAUCCCCCUCCCCCUUAAUGUUUGUUUAUUGCAGAGAAUUUUGCGUCUGAGCCCGCGUCCCAAGGGCCUGAGGACAAGCUGGGGUGUGGUGCGUGCGUGACAAAGGAGAGAAUGGGGGGACUUGGACUCUGAGGAAGAGACCUCGGGCGGAGAGUAAAAUCGGGCGGAGGUGGGGGCGGGGAGAAAAUAAAAACGAAAACUUUAAAAAAUUUUAAGUGAGGGAAAGAAAAACGUUGCUUUGGGCUGGCGGUGCUACCUGCAGUUAGGGUGUGGAUGCACCUCCUGACUAUUACUCACCUGCGCGCCACCCCCGGUCCGGGCCCUUACCCGGCCCGGCCCUCGAGAACCUUGCUGAGUGGAUUUUUCCGAGUGGGGAGAAAGGAGAGCCAGAGUCCAAGCACUGACAGAGAAGAGAGAGAGAAAGAGAGAGGGGAGAAGCUCGGCCCAGAUGACAUCCUUCCUGCAGGAAACCCCCCCUCCACCCUCAUUCCUUGGGCGGGCCCGGGGGGGGGUGUAUUGGAGGGUGUGUUUCGGGUCCCCUCCCUGGGGCAGUCCGACCUUGGAGCCUCUAGCUGAGCCGUCUUUCGUCCCCGGCUUGCGUCACGUCGGGGCCGCUUGGGCUGAGGUAACAGGAGAAGGAGCCGCUCAGCUAAUGUCACUAAACUUGCCCCGGACUCUCCGAAACUUGUUGCGGCUCCGCGCGCCCGUCUCCUUCUCCCCUGGCCACUCGCCGCCUCCCGCUCCCCCGCUCCCUGCUCCCGACUCCCGGCGGACCUGCUUUUCCCCCGAGCUCCGGGGCCGCCGGAUGCUGCGGGCUCCGGGCGGAGGCUGGAGGCAGGGCGCUGCCCUCCCCACGGCGCGGACCAUGCUAGCCUUGGCGCUGCUCGCCUUCGGAGCGCUGCGAGCCGGAUCUGGAAGCUACCUGGCCGUGAUCGUCCCCCAGGACCCGACGCUGCUCAUCGGCUCCUCCCUCCACGCCACCUGUUCAGUGAGCGUGAGCGGCAGUGACGCGCCCACGGCUGAAGGGCUCUACUGGACCCUCAACGGCCGGCGGCUGGCCCCCGAGCUCUCCCAGGUCCUCAACGCCACCACCCUGGGCCUGGCCCUGGCCAACCUCAACGGCUCCAAGCAGCAGUCAGGGGACAACCUAGUGUGCCACGCCCGGGAUGGGAGCAUCCUCGCGGGCUCCUGCCUCUAUGUUGGCUUGCCCCCUGAGAAGCCUGUUAACAUCAGCUGUUGGUCUAAGAACAUGAAAGAUCUGACCUGCCGCUGGUUCCCAGGCACCCAGGGGGAGACCUUCCUCCAUACCAACUAUACCCUUAAAUACAAACUUCGGUGGUACGGGCAGGAUAAUACAUGCCAAGAAUACCACACCGUGGGGCCCUAUUCCUGCCACAUUCCCAAGGACCUGGCACUAUUCACGCCCUAUGAGAUCUGGGUGGAGGCCACUAACCGCCUGGGCUCGGCCAGGUCAGAGGUGGUCACACUGGACAUCCUCGAUGUGGUCACAACAGACCCCCCGCCAGAUGUCCAUGUGAGCCGAGUGGGGGGUUUGGAGGACCAACUGAGUGUCCACUGGAACUCCCCACCAGCGCUCAAAGACUUCCUUUUCCAAGCUAAGUAUCAGAUCCGUUACCGGGUGGAGGACAGCGUGGAGUGGAAGGUGGUGGAUGAUGUGAGUAAUCAGACUUCAUGUCGCCUGGCCGGCCUGAAACCAGGCACCGUGUACUUCGUGCAGGUGCGCUGCAAUCCCUUCGGCAUCUACGGCUCUAAGAAGGCAGGAAUUUGGAGCGAGUGGAGCCACCCCACUGCGGCCUCCACGCCCCGAAGUGAGCGGCAGGGCUCCAGCGGGGCCUGCGAGCCUCGAGGGGAGCCCAGCUCCAUGCCGGUGAGGCGCGAGCUAAAGCAGUUCCUGGGCUGGCUGAAGAAGCACUCCUACUGCCCCAACCUCAGCUUCCGCCUCUACGACCAGUGGCGAGCCUGGAUGCAGAAAUCCCACAAGACCCGCAACCAGCACAGGACGAGGGGCUCCUGUCCUCGGGCAGACGGAGCGCGGCGAGAGGUCCUGCCAGGAGAUAAACUGUAGCGAUCCUGGGUUCUGGGCCAGGAGGGCAUCUGCCUUCCCUAAUGCCCCCUCCAAAGAGUCUGCAAAACAUGGAGGGAGGACAUCUGGAGACCCCUCCCCCAAGUUCUCCCAAGCACUGGAACUGUGGGUUCAUCAGGGCACAAGGUGCCCACCUAAGCCGCAGCCCCCACUCCUUGCCCAGCGACCCCUCCCUUGCCUGGGCCGGCUCCCAACACGGGCAGCCCAGGCUUCUGCGGAGCCAUCAGCCUCCUCGGCUGUCUGGCAAGGAGCUGUCCUGAAGGACAGGAGCAGUGAGGGAACAGAACAAGGCAGGGCUUGGGGGAGGGGUGGGGAGAGACAAGCCCCUGCCUCUUUCGGUACCCACAGCCCCUCCUGCUUCUGCCCAAUUCUCUGUCAAAAGAUUCUUAUAAAUAAACGACUUAUUUUUGGUGAA